AGUGAAACACACACCCACACUGAAUAUUACAAUUUAAAAUAUUAAACACGCUAAUCCGCUUCGUCAGAGACUCUUCAAGUGCUCAAACGUAUUUUUCACUACUUCACAUAGGUAGUACCUACUUACGUAUUUUAUAUUUUUAUGUUACGCAAGAGACACACCGUUGAAACCAAAUGCAUACGAGAAAAAACGAAAACGAGCAGCUGGAAAACCUGCUCAGCCAAUAUUUUAAAACGAGAUCAUUUUUUCCGUAUGGAGCCGUCAAAGAUAACAAGUCAUCGACGUACCAAGAAAAUAGUCUCGUGCACCAGAAAUAUAACAAACCCAAAUCGCCCACGUUUGAGUUUAAGACGUUUUGCUCCAUGACUAGCUUGCACGGCUUCUUUCAUUUUGUGGAAAACAAUUUUAAUAAGAUUGGAAAGUUCUUUUGGGCCAUUAUCUUGGUGGCCAUAUACAUACUAUGCGGUGUGUCGAUCUACAUUUUAAUAAGCAUGUUCUCCGAGAUGCCAGCAAUAAUAUCGUUAGACAACUCGGUUUCGUCUAUUUGGGAGAUUCCGUUUCCGGCAGUUACGGUGUGCAGUGCGAACAAAGUCCGCCCAUCCGUUUAUAACUAUUCGGAUGUUAACAAUACCGACUACGAAAACAAAUUAAUUCGGAAUACAAUGUACGGUGUUUGCGAAAAUAAACUAAUGAAAAAAAAAUUUAAAUCGUAUGAAGAUUUUCUAGACGGUUCCUUUGUUUCGCAAGCUCUAAAGGAAAGUAUACCAUUAUUGUUAUUAUUGUUAAUAUUAUCCAACUCGUGUAAAGCGUUUUUAUUAUCCUACAAGUUUUUACACUGUGGUGUAUUUAUUCAAUAGAUCAUGACAUGUGCAGUGUGUA